AUGACAGCUCCUAAGAAUGGAGACGGCGAGGCCACACUGCCGUCCACCAUCCCAUUCUGGCGCAUGGUAUUUGAUCAAAAGGUCGUCACAGAGGAAGUCUUGCGAUUUCCAUACACAGGCUCGGGAACUGAGGAUGAUCCUCAUCCUGUGACCUGGAUCCCAGCUGAUCCUCGCAAUCCCAUGAAUUUUCCGCAAGCGCGGAAAUGGGCAAUCACACUUCUCGUCUCGUUUGUUACUCUCGCUGUCUCCUUGGUUUCCUCUGCCUUUUCAGGUGGUAUGGCCCAAAUGAUGGAGGAAUUCGACGUCGUCGAGGAAGUCGUCAUUCUAGGUGUAUCACUCUUCGUGCUUGGUUUCGCAAUCGGACCAUUAAUCUGGGCGCCUCUUAGCGAGAUCUUUGGUCGCCGACACAUAUUCACCAUCUCCUUUAUGUUUCUGACAGCAUUCAACGCUGGAACCGCUGGCGCAACGAAUAUUCAAACAUUGAUUAUUCUACGCUUUUUAGCAGGCUCUUUUGGCUCUUCCCCUUUCGGAAAUGCAGGUGGCACAAUUGCCGAUAUGUUCCCUGCUUCCCAGCGCGGCAUUGCGAUCAGUCUAUUUGCCGCUGCACCGUUCCUGGGACCUACCCUAGGACCUGUCAUUGGUGGUUUCUUGGCCACUGGAGCAGGUUGGAGAUGGGUAGAGGGAUUCCUUGCUGCUUUUUCUGGUCUGCUCUGGCUUUGUAUCAUUUUCUUGCUGCCAGAAACCUACGCGCCCGUUCUUCUGCGCCGUCGCGCGGAGAAGUUGUCAGCUUUGACUGGAAAGGUCUAUCGCAGUCAGCUCGAUAUCGACCGCGGCCCUAUCCCCAUGGGCAAGACUUUGAAAACGGCACUCUCGCGGCCAUGGGUCUUGCUUUUCCGUGAACCAAUCGUGCUUUUGUUCUCUAUUUAUAUGUCUAUCAUUUACGGCACGCUCUACAUGCUCUUCGCCGCAUACCCGAUCGUCUUCCAACAGGUCCGCGGGUGGAGUGAAGGCAUCGGUGGUCUAGCGUUCUUGGGAAUCCUUGUCGGCAUGGUUGCAGCUGUUGCCUACACCUUCCCAGAGAACUUCCGUUAUGCGAGGAAAUGUCGCGAAACAACCGACCGACUGGCCCCAGAACUACGCCUUCCUCCAAGCAUGGUCGGCGGCGUGGCCCUUCCUAUUGGACUUUUCUGGUUCGCCUGGACGAACUCCCCAAGCAUCCACUGGAUGGCCUCAGUGGCAGCAGGUGCACCCUUUGGUUUCGGCAUGGUUCUCGUAUUCCUCAGUGUCUUCAAUUACCUCAUUGACUCCUACACCAUUUUCGCCGCCUCCGUGCUAGCCGCCAAUUCCGCACUUCGCUCCCUGUUCGGCAUGGCCUUCCCCCUCUUCACCACGUACAUGUACCAAAACCUGGGCAUCCAUUGGGCGUCAUCGAUUCCUGCGUUUUUGUCGCUUGCAUGUGUUCCUUUCCCAUUCAUCUUCUACAAAUACGGCGCCCGCAUCAGACAACGGUGUACCUACGCAGCUGAGGCCGAUGCCUUUAUGCGUCGCCUUGCUCAGAAGAACCAGGCAGUUCGCGAAGAGCCGGCGGAGAAAUCCGCUGAUGACUCGGUGGAAAGCGACAAUGAUAGCGAUACCGAUUCACUCUCAACGGUUCCCUCGCGAGCAACGAUUGCGCGCCAUGCCUCCCGCGCAUCGCGUGCGUCUCGCCAAUCUGGCCGCUCGAUGCACCGUACCGCGACCGCGACGCAAUAUGAAGAGAAUCCGUAUGAUCUGGAUUUGGUUAACACCCGGCAGUCCGCAAUAAGUCGCAAAGACUGA